CAGUCUUAACCAGUGUCAGUUAACAUUGUGUUGAUAUGUGCAGACUUUGAGAUGUUAAGAAUUCGGAUUAUGGCUCUUAUUAAAGCACCGUAUAUUUGAUAUUGAGUUAAAAUAAGUUAAAACAACUUGGAUGCUAUGACGAAAAAUAUUAAACAUCAUUAUAUUCCAAUAAUGCGUUUUUUAAAUGUUCUUUUUCCUAUUCGGUGAAUUUACAUAUGCUAGAUGAACUAUCUAUUUUGGAUGCAAAAUACAAGAUUUACUAAAACUGUGAACUGCGUGAAUAGUAGUGUACAUGAACAGUUUAACACCGGGAAAGAUGUAUACUUAUCCUUAUUGGAUUUGAUGCUCCCAAAAAUGCAUAUAUUGUUGCUUGUAGAGGAAAGCUGAAAUAGGAAACCACAAUGCAUGUUAGAACUAUAGCUGUGUGUAUCAUUUCUCAGGUUUUCGCUUGCAUCGUGUCCGCGAGCCAGUGGUCCACAUGGAGUCGAUGGAGUGAGUGUUCACGCACGUGCGAUGGCGGGGCUCGCUACAAGACACGGAAGUGCAGCUUGGAGGAGGGACAGCGCUCCCACUGCCCCGGGCAGGAGAUUGAGUACUCUACCUGCAAUACGCAGUCAUGUCCUCGCCACGUUCUCGACUUCCGGUCAGGGCAAUGCGCUGCCUACAACGACGCCUCCUAUUCGGGCUACAAUUUCCGGUGGGUGCCGUCCUACGAGGAUAAAAACCCUUGCGCGCUCACGUGCCUUGCGGAGGGGACAAACAUGGUUGCCAUAUUGGCCCCAAAGGUUCUGGAUGGCACGCGUUGUCGCGAGGGAUCCAUGGACAUGUGUAUUAAUGGGAGAUGUGUAGCGGUCGGCUGCGACUACAGACUCUACUCUAAACUGAAAUCUGACGCAUGUGGUGUGUGCGGGGGCGACAACAGCACGUGCGGACGCGCACGCGCUAUGACGUCUCGACGUCACACGUGGAUACAGACGGACUACGGGCCUUGCUCUGUGACCUGCGGUGUAGGUGUGAAAGAUAAACGCCUGCUCUGCUUUGACACGCACGACAGCCGAAUGGUUGAUGCGCAUGCGUGUGCCCAUGUGGACAUGCCCACCGACACACGCGCCUCGUGCUCCCAGGGAAUAUGCCCUUCAGACUGGAGAGUCGGACCAUGGCAAAACUGCACACGUGACUGCGGGGGCGGUAUCUCGUGGCGGAUCGUCACGUGCGUGAAGACGAACGAGGAUGACACGCAAAUUCUCGUGCGUGAUAGCGAGUGUGACGAGAACAAGCGUCCCUCCUCGAGGAAAUCGUGCAACGGUCUUAUGUGCCCAACGUGGCACGCUGGCGAGUGGUCCGUGUGCAGCGUGAGUUGUGGCAAGGGCGUGCAGCGGCGGGAAGUCGUGUGCCGGCACGUGGGUGACGUGUUCUGUCACGAGGUGGAGAAGCCUCGAACCGUGAAGACCUGCACCACCGGAGUUCCUUGCUACGAUCUCGCAGGGGACAUCCAGGAAAGGAAGGUUGGCGAGUUUGGGGGUGGGGACGGUAUCCAAGGAGAUCAGGCCAUCACGAAAGAAGACCUCUAUACACCAAGGUUCGUGACGACCACGUGGGACUCAUGCAGCGCCACGUGCGGCGAGGGAGUCCACUUCCGGUACGUGCGUUGCCAGGUGUUCCUGCGCUACCUGGACGACUACGUGGACCUGCCCGACGAAGACUGCUCCGAUGAGGCCAAGCCGGCGGAGAAGGAGGUGUGCAUGGUUGAGCCGUGCUACGACCAGUACCACUGGGUGCCCGUCGGCAUGACCGCCUGCAGUCACACCUGCCUCGGAGGUAUUCAGGAGACGAUAUUCGCGUGCAUGUCCAAGGUCAACCAGAUGACAGUGGCGGACUCGUUUUGCGCGGAAGCACCGCAUGUGCAGGUGGAGAGGCGGGUGUGCAAUGAUAGGCCCUGUCCACAAAGAUGGGACCUGGGAGCGUUUGGGAGUUGUUCCAAGUCUUGUGGCGGCGGAGUCAAAAGUCGGGCGGUGAAAUGUAUCCAGGAGUACGCCCAGAAUUCUGUUCUCAAUCUGCCAGACUUCAUGUGCGCCCAACCCGGGCCCCCCUUCACCACCUACUGUAACGACAUGGACUGCCCCGCCCACUGGACCGUGGGUAACUGGUCUAUGUGUUCAGUGACCUGUGGCAUUGGCGUACAGAUGCGCAUACCACUUUGUCAGCGUGUCCAAAACUCAAGUCUUGUAAACGUCUCACUCUCAGAUUGUGACGUCACAGUGAAACCUCUGACGGAAAUGUCAUGCAACUUAACAGCUUGUCCACAGCCAAAAAUUAAAGUUAACAAGCUGAAAUUAUUUCAACUGAACAAGAUAAGAACAAUCCGACUCUCAGCGGGUAUGGAAGGCCACAUAUUACCUGACACAAACAUUGUUAUAAAGUGUCCAAAUGUUGGAUUAGACCGACAAAAAGUGACGUGGUUUAAAAAUGGCCUAAAAUUUAGACGCUCCAAGCGCGCGAAGGUUGCUCGUUCCGGAGCUUUGCGCAUACGGCAAGCAUAUCCGGGGCGCGAUGACGCCGUAUAUAGUUGCCUCAUUGGUGGAUUAGAGGCAAAUGUUACAAUAAGCUUUAUAUCUUCCUUCGAGUUAUUGCAAGCAAAAAUAUUAAGGGAAAAGUAUUUAAAUGGAAAAGAGGAUAAUCAUAAUGUUUUAAAUAAAACCGUAUAUUACAAAGACCCAAUAGACCGGAAGCGGAAACCGUUGACUCUAAUCUCCACCGAGUGGUCCCGGUGCAGCGUCACUUGUGGUGGUGGCCUCCAGUCACGCAACAUAAGCUGCGAGCUCAUUUCGUCGCGCUACUACGCGGCGCUCCCCAAGGAGGAGUGCUUCCGGCACUCCGCGGUGUCUCCGGCGCUCAUUCAGAGCUGCAACGUUGACCCGUGUGUGGAGUGGCAAACCGGAAACUGGUCUGAGUGUUCGGACCUAGACUGUGUUCGGUAUGAGUAUUCGAUCCAGCGGCGCUCCGUGGACUGCGUGAAUCUCUUCAACGACACCGUGACCAACAGCUCCUGGUGCACCGGCCUCGGUUUCCCGCCGGACUCAAUCCGGGAUUGCUUCAACCGGAACUGCAGCGUAAAGUGGCUCACGUCUAAGUGGUCGGAGUGCAUUGCGGAUUGUGGCGAGAAGGGGAUUCGAGUGCGUUCCUACAAGUGUGUUUGGUCGGGAUCCGAGCUUCCAGCAACUUUUGGAAGCUGUGACGUCAUAGCGAGACCCGCAACCACGCGCACGUGCAAGGCAAAGCCGUGUGAAGAUCUAGAAUGCCGGGACGAGAGCGAAAACUGCCCCCUCGUGGCGCAGACUGCACUGUGCGACUACCCCGCCUACAAGCGCACGUGCUGCAAGUCGUGCAGAAACCAGAGCGACAUCGACAACGACACAGAGGAGGCGAAAACAUAAUGUCUACUACAUAUUUUGAAUUGUAUACUACUUGCAAUUAUAUUGAACUGAUAUAGAAUAUUGAUUUGAGUCGAGCAUGUGAUAAACUUAAUGGACGCUAUUGGAGGUUAAACUUUUUAAAGACUUUAAGAUUGAAGUCAGUUAUUUAACAAAGAAUGAUAGAUGGCAAAAGACGAUUCAUUCGUGCAGUUUUACAAUGUUCAGCCGUCAUCUGUGACUUACCGUUAUAAGGACACUAUUCAAAGUGUAACUAUUUUUAGUCAAGUUUGAGUCCUUUUUUCGAUCCAUCGGGACCUCUUGAGGCGUUCAAUAAUAAAAAGUUAUCGGUGUACGUUGUGUACAUUAUUUAGCACUUUAAUGGCUAAACCUUUUUAACGAAAUAUGUUUGUUACUGAUUAGUAAGUUGACCAAUCCUUCAGUAAUGCACUUGUAUGAUAUGUUCAUACUGUACGGUGCAUACCUUGUGCAUUUGAGUCGUGUUCUGAGAAAACUGGGCAUAAUGCAUGUGCGUAAAAUGUCGUCCCAGAUUAGCCUGUGCAGUUCGCACAGGCUAAUCAGGGACGACACUUUCCGCUUUUAUGACAUUUUUCGUUUAAAUGAAGUCUCUUCUUAGCAAAAAAUCCAAUUCAGGCGGAAAGUGGCGUCUCUGAUUAGCCUGUGUGGACUACACAGGCUAAUCUGGGACGACACUUUACGAACAUGCAUUAUGCCCAGUUUUCUCAGAACGCGACUCAUUUGUAAGUAUAGCGAGAGAGAUUGAAAGAAAACAAUAAUCAUAGGGCCGUUUUAUUUAUUAUUGUUUCUGGAAGUAUUGACAUGAAUCCAUUUGGCAGGUUCUUUUUUAUAAAAACAGUGCAAUAUAACAUUCUUGUUUUUCGCCGCUAACAAAACAACAACAACAACAACAACACAAAACACGUAAAACAUCAACAACAACAGCACGACUGUAAAAACGUGAGCACACAUGAACACAAUAAAAUGUUAUUGUCGUUUUGCUAAAUAAGAAUAACACAUACAUACAUGACGGUACAUAGUUUAUGACCGCAAAUGUUAAAGAGCAAAACUUUGCCAGUUCCAAUAACACAACUAUAAACAGUUGAUGAACUAUUUAUUCACUUCGUAGAAUCAAUCGAAAGAAUCGUAUUUGUGUGAUAUUUACUAUAUGAAACUUUCCGACAUUGGUACUAAGCAACCGCUGUUUAGUAGAAACUGCAAACACGGCAACAGAUAAUUUAUAUUUAUCACAUUUCCGCCUUUUCCUGUCGUCCGCGUUAAUUCGCUAUUGCGAUCUUUUUUUCUUGUCUGUUCAUUACAAAGCUGUGUAAUAAAUACAUUGAAAAUGGUCGUAUGGAACUUGUUUAAUAAUUUAACAAAUUUCCUGGCAUUUCAUGUUAGAAUAAACACUGUGCUUGCGUGAAUAUUAGUAGUGUAACAAUACGCGGAUCCCCGUAUAUACGUUUUGAAUGCAAUUAAUACCCUUUGAAAAAAAAAUCUAGAAUAUUUUUCAUAUUAGUUAUAUAUUAGUUAUUCGCCAACUUAAUGCAAACGACAUUCAAGAGAAAUUUGGAAAAAAAACAACAACUGAUUAUUUAAGUAGCUAAAUGUCAUACUUAAUUGGCUUAUUCACAAAGUAUUUUUAACUCUCAACAUAUGGCUUUUCUAUGUCUCAUACUGAUCCUCACACAUUGCAGGAAUAACAGUUUCUGAAUAGUAGGUUCUAGUUGGAAUGAACUCUCGAGUAUUCAUAUCAAUAUAGAUAUGUGCAAUCAAUUAUAAUUAUGUACAGUAUCUAUACAAAUUGAAAUACUACUAAUUACACUUCAAAACCAACAUACUGGUGAUUGCAUUACGGAAAUUGUGCUCGAUAUCAAACCUUAUUUUUCGAAAAUUUGUCUUUUAUUCUCUGAUUCAAUACUUUUAUUUCCAGUAUUUUUCGCUUUCUGAAAAUAAUUUUAUAAAAAUUCAUUUAAAGAAACUUGUCAACAUUAUUAAACUGUGUAUACAUAUGUAUUUUAUUUCUCAACAAUAAGACCACAGAAAAACAUUAAACAAACUGUACUAUGUUUACCAGGUAAAAGGAAUCCGACAUUUAAAAAAAGUUGUUUAUUAUAUUAAUAUUGUCAUUCAGAAAAAUGCAAAUCGAUACAAUAUAUCGUUUCAAUGUACCGCGAUAUAUCUGUAAUACGUAGUUUGAAUAUCUAAUAUUAACUAUUUUAAACAUGCGUUUGUGGUAGAGAUGCAUUUUUUAAAUUAAAAACAUUUUAAUAAACUAUACAAUCCUUUACAAUUUUUGCCGUUAGAUUGAAGUUACUUUUGAUUUGAGCGGGCCAAUUAUUGAAUUAUGCCACAAUUGUUACUUACUCUUAUACAUGUUUAUCAAUUGUAACAACAUAAGACAUUGAUUUUCGCAAGAAAACUAAACUUUUUUUUUCAAAGAGCCUGUGGUCAUAUGCAUAUUUGUUAAUUUUGUUAGCGUUCAUUUUCAUAUGAGAUAUGUAAUAGCUUUUAUAUAUUGUGCGGUUGUAUUGACUAACGCGUAUUGUAGCGAGGACUGUACAAAGUUGAUAUACUUGAAUUUAACAUAUUUAUUGUGACAAUAGAUAGAACAAAUAGCCUA